CCGAUCAACAAGUGGCAAGUGGAAAGUCCUGCGACUCUGUGCAAACUGUUCGGUUCUGAAAAGUUGGCUAAAAGUUCCCAAAACUACUCGCUGCGGAAGCAAAUUAUAACUGACGUCGGACAUUUUGCGUGCAGAUUGCUAAACAAAAUCUAUUGAAAAAUGUGGUACAGCAAGUGCAGUUGGACUUUGGUGGUGUUGGUGGCGCUCUUUGCCCUCGUGUCAGGUUCCUGCCUGGAAUACGGACAUUCUUGUUGGGGAGCUCAUGGCAAGCGAUCCGGUGGCAAGGCAGAAAUAGAUGCUAAGCAGAAUCCUGGUCCCAAUUCCUAUGCAAUUGACAGCGUGGCAGAGCAACUGUAUAACAACAACAAUCAGAUCAAUCCAGAUGACACCAACGACGACGACAGUACAAAUAAGAAUAGUGCCGUCAACAUACCGCUGGCAGCUCCGGUCCUCCUACCGCGUCGAGAACCAGAGGAGCGCACCCGGACUGGCCUGAAGUGGACCCAGCUGAUGCGGCAGCAUCGCUACCAGUUGAGGCAGUUGCAGGACCAGCAGCAGCAGGGGCGUGGCAGGGGCGGCCAGUACGAUGCCGCCGCCGAGAGUUGGCGGAAGUUGCAGCAGGCGCUGCAGGCCCAAAUCGAUGCCGACAACGAGAAUUCAGUUUACGAUCCCACAAAGUGAACGCUUCCCAUCGCAAUGCCAAAUUGAAAUUACGCAGAUAACACGCUAGCUAAGCAAGAAGAACAACACCCACAUAGAGAAGAGCGAAAUUAAAAGAUAUUUAUCACACGCGAUCCAUUGCAUGCCGGACAUCAAUUAAAGAAAAUUCGAAAUUUAAAACAAUUAACCGAGGCAAAGGAGACCGG